CCUCCAAAAUCUCUCUCUCCUCUAACCGUUUCACAAUCGGAGCAUGGCGGUGAAUCUGACGCCAAAUGCGAUUCCGGCGAUUGUUUCCGGCGACCUGAACUCGAAGCCACUGUUGCAGGUUCUCGAUAUCAAGUUGAUUUCCAACAGCAAGCAGCAGGAGCGGGACUGCAUUCUGCUUUCCGACGCCGUUUCCUCUCAGCAAGCCAUGCUCGCCACUCAGCUCAACGAUCAACUCCGAGCAGGACUAGUCAAGAGAGGUUCCGUCGUUCAACUGAUCGAGUAUAUUUGCAGUCCUAUUCAGAAUCGCAAGAUAAUCGUGGCGCUCAACAUGGAAACAGAAUUAUCUUCAAUAGCAAUAUUAUGUGAUAUGGAGAGUUCUGCUAAAAGGUCUGAAGAACCAUUCAGACUUCUGAUUGUAGAUUCAGUGAUUGCUUUGUUUAGGGUGGACUUUUCUGGAAGAGGAGAGCUUGCUGAGCGCCAGCAAAAUCUGUUCCCAAAGGUUUAUCCAUUAGUGAAGAUAUGUGUGAAAUUCAAUGUUGCAGUUUACAUGACAAAUCAAGUGAUCGUGGAGAGAAAUCUGCUAUAUGCAGUUACUGCUGGAAGAAGUGUGCUAGGUAGACGCUCCCAUGGCCAUCAUAAAAGGCGCUUGCAACAAUAUCCUGGGAGAAAGCACAAUGCAGCGAAGUUACAGAGAAAGCUUCAGAUACAGGUUGAUGUGAAGCUACUGAGAACUACCAAAAGAGCCCUUUUAAUGGCAAUGGCCAGAGAUAAAACUGCUGAACUUGAGAGCUAUAUGAACACUCUCGUUGAGUGUUAUGGAUUUGACUUAAGAAAUAUUGUUAUCCUCCUUCCUAAUGAGAAAGGAUACACACAGCCUCAGAAGGAGAUCGUAAGAAGUGAAGUCAAGUCCCUAAUCCAGGAAUCAAAUGAAGGAGAUAUCCUGCUGCUGCACAUCAGUGCCCAUGUCACUUUGAAGUAUCCGGGAAUGGUGGGUAUUCCCCUGCUUCAAACUGGUGACCGACAAUUUAUCCAUGCUGAUUUCUGGGACAAGAUGGUUCAAUGUGUUCACCACCGAAGGGCCAAACUAACCGUCACAUUAGAGACAUGUCAUGCUGGUGCACUGUUCAACUCAGCUAGACAACAGAAUGAUGAACAUGGGCAAGUUGUUGUUUUUGCGGGGGGGAGUAAACGAGAUGAAAUCUGGGAUGGGACUUUCAUCCCAGACCUAUUGCAGCAGAUGAGAGAUUAUAAAGGAGUGUCAAAUAUUGAGAUGUUCAAGAGAUUUAGAGCCGAGUUCCUUAAGCAUGCACGCACCUGGCCCAAGUGGGAUACACGUGGAAUUCCUACUCAUUUCUUUGAUGGACCAGAGUUAAUCUGCCCCCCUCCCACGGAGGUGACUGAGUUCCUAAACGAAUGAGCUGAACAUUACUUGUGACCUGGUAGAUGAUGCCAUGAUGGUGAAUGGUGAUGACCAUAGUUUCAAAAAAAAAAAACAAAGACUAUCUUAGUUUUGACUAGGGAAAAAAAUAUAUACCCUAUUUGAAUUUCUUUCUUUUUUAGCCAAAAAAAAAAAAAAUUUCUUUCUUGUUCUGCAUUAUUUCUUUCAUUGUUGUUCUGAUAUUAGAGGAUAUUGA